AUGCAGCCAAACUCUUGCUCCCUUCGGAAAAUAAGAGACGAUAUGACAACUCCUAGAGCAAAGGAAGACUCUUCUCCUUCAAUGGCUCCCAUCAAUCAAUCCCAAGGCCCCAAAUCGGGUGAUCUGCCUCCUGAGUUGAUGGAUAUCAUAAAGCCUGCUCUACAAUUUGGCGGUCUUUCUGCACUUUCCGGCACUAUAAUUGGUGGGUUUUCUGGUAUCCUCGUGUCUCAAACUCCAGUUCUCUUCGCCGUCGCCAGCUCUAUUCAAUGGGGCAUUCUUGGUACCACCUUCUGGGGAACCCGUACUGCCCUUCUCUCCCGUUAUAGGACCGCGUCUAUAUACCCGACGCCGCAAGAGAAAGCGCUCUCAACUUCCCUGGCCGCUUCUCUUGCUGGCGCUACUGGAGGUAUACUGCGUGGCCCAAAGAACAUUCUGCCUGGGUUUGUCGUUUUUGGAGCUGCUGGGUAUGUGGGACAAAAGAUCUAUGAUGCUGUGGACGAGAGAAAGAUGGAGGAGUUGAGGUUGGAGGAAGGUGCGAAUAAAAAGAGUGGAGAUGAUUGGAUGAACUCGAAAUGGGUGCCGUGGAAGAAAUUAUCCGAUGACGAGUAUGAAGGAAUGUUGAAGGAAAGACUGUUAAAGGUCGAUGCGGAGAUUGCAAUUCUAGACGAAAGUCUGCAGGCUUUACGAGAACAGCAAAAAAACGAGGCGGGAAAGCUUCAAGGAACAGUUGAAAAGAAUCAUUAG